GGUACCCGACUCUUCCAGUGGCCCAAAUUAUACUUGUACUCGGUCCUUCUGGUGCUCGGGCUGGGACCACGAAAUUAUGCUCAUGCCCAGAAGCUGGUCUGGCUAAAUUGGGGUGGGGCUGUACCCUCACCGACUGGUGGGGUCUUGGAUGCCAUUUCCAAUCCGAAUUCGAAUUCGGGAUUCACGCAGCCCCACGGGCCCCUCCAAAUCUGCACUCCAUCUCCACAAGCAAGGAGGGUGUGGCGGUGCUAUAGUACAACCAUGGCGACGGGUGUAGUGCCACAGAUGAUGAUGAUAACGGGGAAGUGCAGCGGAUUACCACAUGGUAAUGGGCUAAUGAGCAUUGCAGGACGACAGCAUGAAGUGAUGAUGCCAGGUUGCCCAUCUUCGUCAUCCUCAUAUCAACUGCGGGCGCCCCCAUCGCCACCAUCUUUGUUGUCAUUGUCAUCAUCCAGAUCCCUGUCAUCGUCCUGGAAGUUGUAUGAGGGUUUGCAUCUAAAGUCACCUGGGAGUCAAUGCCCUGCUGGCACAAGGAAAGUGAGGAUGUGUCAGGGAAGCAGAAGCAGCCGGUUUGCAGCCGGAAGGCACUGCACUGUGGUAGUUGCAUCUACAUCUUCUCAAACUGCGACAACAACAGAUAUUGUGGAGCAGCUCCAAGGAGCAAGAGAUGCCAUCAAAGAGCUCAUCAAAAGCAAAUACUGCAACCCCAUUCUGGUGCGGCUUGGAUGGCAUGACUCUGGCACUUAUGAUAAGAAUAUAAAAGAGUGGCCUAAGUGUGGUGGUGCUAAUGGUAGCAUUCGGUUCAAACCAGAAAUUGACCAUGGUGCCAAUGCAGGUAUGCUGUUCGUUGCUGGUGGGCCGAAGAUUCCAAUGAGGUAUGGUCGUGUUGACGUCAACUCGCCAGAGGACUGCUCACCAGAUGGGAAUCUCCCGGCUGCAGCACCACCUUCUCCUGCCGAUCAUCUGCGCAAUGUCUUCUAUCGUAUGGGUCUCACGGACAAGGUAUCCGUCCCUCUGCCUCGAUCUCACUCUUUGUUUGUCUGCAUGUUCUGUCCUCUGCCUGACCGAAGACUGAACGGUGGUCAACCUGCUGUGGGCACGGCGAUAGUGCCUGCACAGCCACUGCUUACAGGACCUCCAGCCACGGCGGCCAAUCCCAAUAUGGGGACGGCAGCACCUUAUUACUCUGGCUAUUAUGCCAAUGGAGGGGGUGGCGGUGGGUUGGGACGGCGUGUUAGUACGUUAGAGGAGUUGGUGGUGAAGAUUAACAGUAAACAUGAAGCAGACGAAGCGAGGGAACGGGUGAAGAAGGAAGAAGAAGACCGUAAGAAGAAGGAACAGGAAGAAGAAGAGCGGAGAAGUAAGGAGAAAAAGGAUCGCGAAGAACUGCAAGCCUUGAUGCACAAGGAGAUGGCCGAGAAACUCGAUAAACUCGAUGUGGUACGGGAGGCGAUUGACGGCAAGAAGGCGAAGGACGCAGAAGAGCUGGCUAAGCUGAGUACGCAGAUGGAGUUGCUCUGCAAGCAGCAAGCCACCACGGACAAUGGAAUCAUAAGAAGUGUCGGGCAGUCUGAAGUAGCGGUGUUGAAGUGUCAGGUUGAUGCGUUGAAACGUGCGCAAGAUGGAGCCAGCACCUCGGCUACGAUCUCAAGACCGCUGAGUGAAGCUGAGGAGAUUGCACGGCUACGUAGAGAACAGGUUGAGGUGAAAGCCAAUAUGGAUAAGCGACUUGCUACCUUGCAGGAAGUCAUUUUUGCUUUGCAGAAACAGUGUGAUGAGGCGGAGGCAAACGCGGAGGUCUGGCGGAACGAGGCCAUGAGGCCUGGUAACAAGCGAGGUAGCGUGGCCAUCGGGCAGUCUCCCAUGAUUGAAGCAAGAGUUCGUGCUCGGGUAGUGCCGAACGCAACUCCGUGUACAGUGGGAAGGGUCAACGGUCAACUCAAGGACAUCGUGGAGUGUCACCAGAGAGAAGUAAAGUUGCUCAAAGAGAUGAGGCUUAAGGAGGUCAACGCUCGCAAGGAAUCUGAGGCAAAGGUUGAAAGGCUGAAAGAAGCUAUGGCAGGAUUGGGAACCGGAAGGAAGACGGGAGGCACUAAUCUUAAAACUAAGCUGGACGACACGGCUUUGCCCUCUGCUAGGAAAGAGAAGAUGAAGGGAGUGGUUACUCCAGUGAUUUUGCUGAGCCGGCGGGAAGCCUUUCUCCGUGACACUAGGAAGGACCUAAGGAACUUCAAGAAGGAUGCCGUUAUGAAGAUAUGUGAAAAGGAGGGAAUUGAGUACACGAAAUUGGAAGAAACUAAGGAAGCCAUUGCCCACCUGUUGAAGAUUCUUAAUGAUUGUAAGGAGAGAGGGAGGUUAAGUGUUGUUGUUCAUUGUUCUGGGGGAAUGAGGAUCGCUGACCAAUGGAAGGUUCUUAGGCGUCUGUAUGGUGGGAGUUUGGUUGAAUCGCAGUUUGGAAAAAAGGGGUUACGGUAUGCCCGUGCUUGGCUGAAAGGGGACGUCACGUUGGUGAUUGAUCCGAUUAUCCCCUUCUUGUGUCGUUCUCUGGUCCUGAAGGCGCCGCUGGUCAAACUUUUGAAGGAACCUGCUGCAAGGACUGAGCUGCGGUUGUGGGAUUUUGAAACAUUGAUUGCGGCUUAUACGGCCAUAAGGACGUUUAGUGAAAAGAGGUCGAGAUUCAGGAUACGUUGUUUGCUGUCACAUCACAUCCUAGCUCGUUUUGGGGUGCACGUCAGGCAGAGGAUUGUUAUUCGUGUCAAGUUUGAUGAUGGAAUUUGUAAGGCCCGUGUUCGACAGCUGUGCGCCAGAAUUGUUGCUGGAUUGGAGAUUGAUCAAUGCUGGAAGGGGAUGUUAGUUCGCAGAAUGAGGAUUGUGUGGUGCCGCAAUCACAGCGUAGGUGACCUAUUAUAUAACUUCCAUAAGCAUGCGAAGACAAGGGAGGUGCAGUGUUUGUGUCAGGGUUGUGACGCGGCACUCCCACGGGCAGGACAACACGUGGCGUUUAGACUGAAUGAUGUUCCCCAGUUGGUCCCCUCAUGGAUGCUUAACUCUAGGAAUAUUGUCAAACCUUCCAAGGUAUGCUCUGUUCGGUCUCUGCGUUCUCAGAUCGUGUCUUCAUUCGCUUCUCACUCUUCGUUGCCACCUUUGGAUAUGGGUUCUCUGUGUGACGAUUCUUUUCGGGAGUGUUUCUUGACCGGUUUUGAUGGUGGUAAGAAUGUGGAAUUCGGUUGUGAGGAUGAAGUAGUCCGGUUUUUGUCUCGUUUUCAAGGGUUAGUAAGAAGUCCUAUUGACCAUAACCCCGGAGACACCUUUGUCUGUUGCCCUACGUUCUACAAUGAAGGAAUGAGGAAGCUGUUCGUUGGUAACCCAUCAUUUCGCGUACAUGAGAGUGAGGUUGGUGAUGUUUUGAAGCAUUGUGAGGAGAUAUACGCGAACAAGGGGUUGGCGCAGGUUGGUCGAUGGAAGAAGGAUGGAAGAUUUGGAGAAGCGUAUUGUAUUCCUAAACAUGAGGAUACUACUAGAUGGCGACCCAUUUGUCCAUCGUAUCCUGAACCUUCGGUUAUUGGAGGAAGGGUUGUCUCGCGUUCAGUUAAUGCGCUUCUAUGGAACAUACCUGCUCGGUGUCACUUCAAUCUAAAAAGUGUGGAUGGUCUGCUCAGCCGCUUGAAGGAAGUCAAUGGGGGUUUGACCGAGGAUGAUGUAAUUAUGGGGGCCUCCUUCGACAUUAAGGAGAUGUUCUCCAAUUUGCCCCACCAUUCGAUUCGUCAAGCAAUCGAGUGGGUUAUUGGUUACUGGCAAAAGCAUGGAGUGGAGGCUGUGGAUGUGCCAAGAGUAGGAAAGGGUGUUAAACUGUGUAAAGGCGCACAUACAAUUGGGCGUUCUCGACCCGAUCGCAGUGGCUUUGGCAAAGAGGUGACCAGAUACACGGAAAGUGGCCCUGGAAAUCCAGGUGGACAGUCAUGGACGCCAGAAUGGUUGGUCUUUGACAACAGUUACUUCAAGGAGGUCAAGGCCAAAAGGGAUGAGGAUCUGCUUGUCCUGCCAACAGAUGCAGCGCUGUUUGAGGAUCCUGGUUUCAAGGUAAGGUGAAUGCUACUACCUUGACCUUUCAGGGCUGUAGCAGCUACGACCUUGACCUUUCGGUAGACCUAUAGCUACGACCUCUACAGAGCUGUGACCCCUACUCGACAGACCUACAGAUCGAAUCCCGACAUCUGCGCAGUCCUACGACAGACAAACAACAACUAACAAAACACAGGUCACGGG